AUGGUACGCUGGGCGCGCCUUUUCAACCUCGACAAGAGCCGGCGCGACCGGCCUCAUCUCCGCGACCAGAUGAGCGCCUUACUUCCCACGCGCCGGGACGAUGUCCCUCCCUCGCCUAUUCCAGCCAAAGAAGUGACCAAGAUCGCCCUCCGCCUCAAGCACCAGAUCGAGACCGUGAUCCCCUGCGAAAUGGAGGAAUCGCUGGUCACCUGUGCCCACAGCCACGUAAUCACUCCGUCGAUCGUCAAGCUGGCAGCCUCCGCGGGUGGUGAUGACUACAAUGCAUGUGUCGUCUACUGCUUGCUAGUAGUCAACAAAUGGUUCAAGAGGCAGGCUACCCUCGAGCUGUGGGACUCGGACCUGCACGAUGUCCGUGCUGUGGCUUGCGAGGUCAUAGCAAAGCGCAUCAUUGAGAGCGAGGAGGACAUGUGUUUCUUGCUCGAGGACAUUCUGCUCAAGCGUUACUCCAUUAUCGUCAAUGGCCAAGAGACAAUGCCUGCCAACGUUGUCGAGCGUGCCGUCGACUUGCACACCCUGCGCGUCAUUGGCUCUUCCGGGUACCAGAAGUGUAUUAACCAUCUCUGGCGCGGGUGGUUGGUACAAGAUGACGAAGAUGCUUCGCGAUUCAUCGAUUGGAAGCACAAGGGGAACACCAGCUACUGGACUCACUUGGACCCCGACCGGAUGCGUGUGCCUGCCUACCAAAACGCUCUGCAGAUCUUGAUCUCCGUCGUCUACCUGGCUCUGUACACGGGCGCUAUAAACACGAUCAACCCGGACGGUGACCUUGACAUAGUUGAGGGUCUCUUGUACGUCUUUACUGCAGGAUUCAUCUUUGACGAGAUAGCCAAGUUCUGGAAAGUUGGUCGCUACUAUAUCGGCUUCUGGAACGUCUUCAACAGCACUCUGUACGCGCUUCUUACAGUUUCGCUCAUAACUCGUCUCAUCGCACUUGGUCACGAUGUCGAUUCGGAACCGCGCGUGCGAUACAACACACUGAGCUAUAACUUCCUGGCUUUCAGCGCGCCAAUGUUCUGGAUGCGCAUUAUGCUGUACCUCGACACCUUCCGAUUCUUCGGUGCCAUGCUCGUGGUGCUGAAGGUCAUGAUGAAGGAGUCUCUCAUCUUCUUUGCUCUCCUCUUCGUUAUCUUGGUCGGCUUUUUCCAGGCUUUCAUCGGCAUGGAUCAAGUUGACAACAAGAUCACAGCUUUCGCAUUCAUCACCAAAGCAAUGUUGAAUGCUAUUAUGCAGUCGCCUGAGUUUGAUGGAUUUGAGCGGUUCGCGCCUCCCUUUGGCUUGAUCUUGUAUUACGUCUUCACGUUCGUGGUCAUGGUUGUCCUACUCAACAUUCUCAUUGCGCUGUACAACAGUGCUUACGAGGAUGUCACUGAUAACGCCAUCGACGAGUACAUGGCACUACUCUCUCAAAAGACCAUGCAAUUUGUGCGAGCUCCCGACGAAAAUGUCUUCAUUGCGCCGUUCAACCUCAUCGAGCUCUUUUUGGUGAUCAUCCCGUUCGAAUGGUGGCUGGAUGAGAAACGCUACAGCCGCCUCAACGACUACGUCAUGGGUUUCAUCUAUUCCCCUCUGCUGCUGAUUACGGCUGCAAUCGAGACGGCACAAGCCCAUAAAGUCCGGGAUAAUCGCAAGCGUGGGGAACAAGAUGAUGACACGAUAGAGGAGUGGGAAGAAAUGGCCGGGGAAAUCGACUUCGAGUCUGAAGGCUGGGCGAAGAAAUGUGAGGAAAUCGCCCCUGAGAUCGGCGUCGAGCAAGCCGUCAUCGAAGUGAGGCAGCUGAGACGCGAAAUCACGGAGCUUCGCGAGAUGGUCAGCUCCAUGAUCCAGUGA